AUGGAUAAUGUGAAUAUCAAGAUCGUUUCGUAUGAUUGGCUUGUGAAGGCAUUGUCAUCGAAAAAAAUGGUCGACGACACGAGCUAUCUUCUUGGGGUAGGAAGCAGUGCUACUACUGAUGGCACUGGGGCGAAGGAAAGCAAGGCCUCAAAACCCAAAAAGCGAAAGCGAGCAGAUCCAUCAGAUGAUGAAGAGGAGACGGUCGUGGACUCUGCAACUCGGUCGAAGAAGCAAAUCUCCAAUAGCGUCUCUGCAUCCAAGAAAGCUCCUGUCAAUGUCCCUGUAGAUGACUGGUGCAGUUUAAAAGAUAGUCACAGUGUCCAUCAGGCCGAUGAUGGAACAAUCUAUGAUGUGACUCUAAAUCAGACCAAUGCUGGCCGGAACAACAACAAAUUCUAUCGAAUUCAGCUGCUUGUGAAUGGCACAGAGCAAGAUUAUCGGACUUGGACAAGGUGGGGCCGAGUCGGAGAGGGUGGGCAGAAAGCCAUGCUUGGUUCCGGCUCGUUCGAUGAUGCUCUGGCGCAGUUUGAGAAGAAGUUCAAAGACAAGACAGGCCACACGUGGGAUAGCCGUCAUGAGCCGGCCAAGAAAGGCAAGUAUACAUACAUUGAACGCAACUACGAAGAGAGCGAUGAUGAUGGCCAGGAUGACCUUUCUGGAGCUGGUACCCGACGGUCCUCGAAACAAAGCAUUGACGGCAAUGAGGCUGCCACGGUAGAGAGCAAGCUACCAAAGGAAGUCCAGAACCUCAUUAGCUUCAUCUUCAAUACGGAGAUGUUCAAUCAAACAAUGGCUUCCAUGGAUUAUGAUGCACACAAGAUGCCUCUUGGAAAGCUAAGCAAGCGAACGUUGACGCAAGGCUACCAGGUACUCAAGGACAUUGCGGCAGUUGUUGGCGAUCAUUCGCUCGCACAAUCUCAAUAUGGCCAGAGCUUGGGACAAACUCUUGAAGACCUGAGCAACCGCUAUUUCUCGACCAUUCCCCAUGCAUUCGGCCGCAACCGACCACCAGUCAUUCAAGACGAUCGCCUGAUGAAGAGAGAAAUUGAGUUGAUCGAAAGUCUGACUGACAUGCAGCUCGCCAAUGAAAUCAUGAAGACUGCCAAGGGUGACAAAGUCAAGAACGACAUCCACCUCAUUGAUCGGCAAUACGAAGGUCUUGGGAUGCAGGAGAUGACACCAUUGAACAGCAAGAGUGAAGAAUUCAAGCAACUCCAAGAUUACCUCAUCAAAUCUGCUGGCAGAACGCACGACAUCAAGUACAAAGUUCAAGACAUCUUUCGCAUCGAACGACAAGGCGAGAGGGACCGCUUCGCCAAAUCUCCUUACGCAUCUAUCAAGAACUCCGAUCGUCGUCUUCUCUGGCACGGCUCCCGAAGCACCAACUACGGUGGCAUCCUGAGUCAGGGUCUCCGUAUUGCUCCACCCGAAGCUCCGGUCACAGGCUAUAUGUUUGGGAAAGGCGUCUAUCUCGCUGAUAUCUCGACCAAAUCAGCCAACUACUGCUGGGCCAGCUCUAGUGGUGGGACAGGCCUUCUCUUACUCUGUGAAGUCGAGCUUGGGGCUCCCCCUCUCAGGCUGAAGAACGCAGACUCAAACGCCGGAGAGACUGCAAAGAAAGACGGCUGCAUCUCUACUUUGGGAGUAGGUGGGAUAGCGCCCAAGGGUUGGAAGGAUGCAAGCUGUGUCCAUGCCGAUCUGAAGGGUGUCAAGAUGCCGGAUACCAGCACGGAGCCGGGUCCGACGGACGAAAACCACGCUUACCUCCUGUACAACGAGUAUAUCGUCUACGAUGUCAGUCAGGUCAGGUUGAGGUAUCUGCUGAGGGUGCAGAUGUGA